AUGGCUGCAGACUCGGGUGACAGAAAUGAUCCCGGCAGGGACUUAUCUGCGGUCGCUAUUCCCGGGUCAUCGAUUGGUGGGGAACAUCUCGGUACCCCAUUCUUGGACGCCUUGGCCUUGGACACUACCGAUGGACUCACCUUUGAUAUGAACGGUGGCCUAUGGUAUGCAGAACUAAGUCAACUGCCAGUCGAUAUCAAUGCCACCAACUCAGACCAACACCAGCCCCGCCAACCAGGCCUACAAUCGGAUGUACCAACAACCCAAGUGACAGGCUCGUCAACCCAGGUUCUACAGGGUCCUCAAAGUCACAAGAUUGAGUCUCCAACCCCAAACUCAACAUCAACCCACUCUCUAAUCAAUACACUCUCAACACUUCCCCCAAAGGUCGGCCACCGCUUCACCCUCGAAGCCCUGCGCUCACUAAAAGAAUGGUUCUCAGCACAUGUCGACCGUCCCUAUCCUACAGAAGAGGAAAAGACUCUCCUUGAACAUCAAACAGGCUUGAGUCGGAUACAGAUUACAAACUGGCUAGCGAAUGCGCGGAGACGUCGCAUCGUGGCUGACAGUCGCACGAACGGUAGUGGUCAGACACCUGAAGAGUAUACACCCACAAGGUCAGGAACGCCUAUUCCGAGAAGGGGCCAGACAUGGAGGGACCUUAAUCCUAUGCAGAGAUGGCAGAACUCACCACCGGAAAAUGAACCGGCUCUCGUAUCGGAUAUCGCAAGGGCGAUGGCUUCAGGAGAAUUGGUCUCAACUAGAGGCCGAAGAGGAACAUUCUCAAGCGAUGAGAAGAUAUCCCGAAGACGUCGCCAUAGAUCAACAACCAGUAGUCUAGGCACAUCAAGAAGUGGAUCGACAGACUCACGUUCAUCCAGAGGCUCCAUCAGCGGAACCUCAUCCCACAGCCGCGGUCGCUCAAUCCAGAAGAUACGGCCGCAGAAGAACUCACUAACCAAGCCUCGAUUCACCUUCCAAUGUACCUUCUGCACUGAGACGUUCAGAAGGAAGUACGACUGGCAGCGACACGAGAACUCAUUGCAUCUUCCACUCGAAAGGUGGGAAUGCUCACCGAACGGAACAACUGCUAUAAAUCCGGAUACUGGACAACUAUGCUGUCUGUUUUGCGGCCACGGAGAUCCUAGCGAGAUACACCUGUCGAGCCAUAAUCCGUCUGCAUGCCAGGAAAGAGCGUUCAGCAGGAAGGAUCAUCUCAAACAACAUCUGCGACUUGUACACAAUGCUGUACUGACUGACCUUACUACGAAACUGUGGAAGACUACUCAGCCAGACAUUGUGUCACGAUGUGGGUUCUGUCAAGCUUCAUUGAGUACAUGGCCUGAUAGAGUUGACCAUCUGGCGAACCACUUUAAACUAGGCUGUACGAUGAGAAGUUGGGUUGGGGAUUGGGGCUUUGAAGACUCUGUGCUCAAGACAAUCGAGAACGGAAUGCCUCCAUAUUUGGUCGAGCUAGAGCGCGGCACACCGUUUCCAUUUACUGCCAAUGGCAGACCACCCGAUUCCCCUCGAAGCGCAUACGAACUCAUCACAAUGGAGUUGGCGUACUUCAUCCAGAACUACAACGACACAACGAACACGCUCCCAAGUCACAGAACGCUGCAGCUCGAAGCAUGUCGCAUUGUAUUUGGAUCCGAAGUAACAUUUCCCGAGCUCAAUCCAGGCUCGCACGGAGGCUCUUCGUGGCUCAGAGACCUGCUAUUGUCGUCUGACGAGAUUGUCCAACAAGCUCGGUUCGCGCCAAUCCGAUCGCGGACAGAGAGCCGAUUAUCGGUGUUAAGGAUCAAGGGUAAGAACGCACUGUUCGAAGACUGUCUACUGGAGGCUCGCCUGCAAGCCUUUAUGCGCUCCCAGCGAGAAAAAGGUAUCCAUGCGACGUCGGACGGUGAGUUGCAGAGAGAAGCUGGUCGAAUUGUGUUACAAAUGGAGAGUGAACUGCACACGAAGCCUGAGUAUGUGGCGAAUUGGCUGAUCGGGUUUCUCAAUUACUCGACAAGCUGGAUCGACGAGUUUAGGCGACGUGCAGAUUCUGUGGUGGCGAGCGAAAGCAAGGAGGCUUUCACGACGAGCCAUGGUGCGUUAUGGCAAGACCAACCCAGCGUUCAAUCACAGCCCAACGAUCUACCAUGGACUGGGCAAGCAUCAUGGCCUACUGGGAAUGACUGGGAACUGGUUGGACAUGGCGACUUACCAGACACUGAUAUGCCCUGGGUAGCAGAGAGGGGUGAUAGAGCCAGCUCGACACCUGCUGAUACAUUCCUUCAAGACUUUACAUGGCUAUGGUCAGAUGACCAGUCGCCGCCUGUUAUACCACAAACAACAGACAGCCCCAAUGCAGAAGGAGAGUCAACACUCCGGCCGACAUGGCUCGGCCCCGGAAUCUACGUCCUGAAUGAUCCGAAUCACAUUCCAUGGUUUGCGCGCGAGAUGAAGCGAUGGGUGAAAGCAACAAUGUCGCCAAACAAUCCCAUUUGUCAUGUCCCAUCGGAUGAGGAAUUGAGACACCAAGCGCGAUGCCUCUUAUAUAACGACGACGACCCUUGGAACCAGACACCAGCAGACAACCCGCAGUGGCUGGAAAUGUUCAAAAAGGACUUAAAACUGUAG